AGUAGUUAACCUAAUGCAGGUGGCGUACAUCCUGAUCAUUUGACAACAUUCAACGUAUUUUCUUACAGAAAACAAACAUGUAAUAUAACAUUCACACCGCGAAACUUGCCAUCACUACGGAGCAGACUAGUGUGUGGCCUAUGUGGACCGUGCACUGAAGAUAUUCAGGUCAACAGAAGAAAAAGGGAAGCGGCUAAUUUGCUGAUGGACGUGUUAUUGUGCGUUUUCCUUGUACCGUCGUAUUGCUAUUUUGCUUCGUCGGUAUGGACAUGUAGCUAAGGUGGAGUUUUCUGUCAAAUAUCGUCGACUUUUUCCAUGUUGAAUAGUGUGUUUUGUGCUCCGAUAGGGAACUGAGGUCGCACACAGGCCUUAUUGUGUGUUUGGUGUUUUUCUAGUUCAAAACAUUGGAAGGGUUUUUGUAUUAGUUUGCUAACAAGGCGUUACGAUAAGCAAGAUGAGUUUCUUUAGUUUUGGGCAAAGUGCAGAAAUAGAUGUUGUCCUGAAUGACGCUGAAACGCGGAAGAAAGCUGAACACAAAAGUGAAGAUGGAAAGAAAGAUAAAUACUUUCUUUUCUAUGAUGGCGAGACUGUCAGUGGAAAGGUGAAUGUGACACUGAAGAACCCCGGAAAGAGGCUGGAGCACCAGGGCAUCAAAAUUGAAUUUGUUGGCCAAAUAGAGCUGUAUUACGACAGAGGAAACCAUCAUGAGUUUGUUUCCCUGGUGAAAGAUCUUGCAAGACCGGGUGAAAUAACUCAAUCGCAAACCUUCGACUUUGAGUUCACUCAUGUGGAAAAACCGUACGAGUCCUACACAGGCCAGAACGUCAAACUAAGAUAUUUUCUUCGUGCCACAGUGACCAGACGACUAAAUGACAUCAGUAAAGAGAUGGACAUUGUGGUCCACACACUGAGCACCUACCCUGAACUCAACUCCUCCAUUAAAAUGGAAGUUGGCAUUGAGGACUGUCUGCACAUUGAGUUUGAGUACAACAAAUCCAAUAGGUACCAUCUGAAAGAUGUAAUUGUGGGGAAGAUCUAUUUCCUGCUGGUGAGGAUUAAGAUUAAGCACAUGGAGAUUGACAUCAUCAAGCGUGAGACAACAGGCACUGGCCCCAGUGUGUACCACGAGAACGACACCAUCGCCAAAUACGAGAUCAUGGACGGUGCUCCGGUCAGAGGAGAGUCCAUUCCCAUCCGGUUAUUUCUGGCUGGUUAUGAUCUGACUCCCACGAUGCGAGACAUCAACAAGAAGUUCUCUGUGCGCUACUACCUGAACCUGGUGCUGAUCGACGAGGAGGAGAGACGCUACUUCAAACAGCAGGAAAUCACACUGUGGAGGAAGGGUGACGUGGUGAGGAAGAGCAUGUCCCAUCAGGCGGCCAUCGCCUCUCAGAGGUUCGAGGGCUCGGCCGCCUCGGAGAGCGCUCUGGAGCAGGCUGCGAGGGAGGAGAGCGGGUAGGGGGCCGCAGACCUCCAGUCUUCGUCCACUAGACUCGGAGGUUGCCGUCAACUAUACUACACCUGGUGAAGCAGCCGUUUUAUUAGUAGCCGCUGCUAGUGAAGGGAGACCGACAUACAGUAACACAUGCAGUAUGUGAACAAUGAAACAGUUUGCAUGAGGCAUUUGAAGCAGCUUCGGGCUGCUGGUCUUGUCCUUCAAUAAUGCAUUUUUCUUUUCUUUAUGGGAAUCAAACUAAUCAUCUGUUGCAAUAUCCACUGUUAAAACCUUUCAUGUGAUAUUAUGGCAUUUUUAAGCUGUCUGUUACGUUAAAUAAUGCUUUUUUGAGUAAACUCAUUUCUAAUCUCUUAAUCAAUGCAACUGAAUUUUUCAUGCAUUUUCUGAAAUGUAUCUCCAACAUUCCACCUUUUAAUAAAUGCAUUCCUAACACUGUUAUAAGGUCAAGAAAUCUGAGAUAACUUUGCACUGCUUUAUCUUGCUGAACACAUUUGUCUUGAUUUGUAAAUACGACCAGCUAAAACCUUUUAUCCUGUUCCAGCUUGUGUACUUUGAUUAUACAUUACACGGUGCCACAGAGUGACCAUUCAUGUGCUUUGCGUCAGCAUUCCAGUGGUGUUAGGAAAGAGUGUUUGUAUUAAGGUCUGAUAGUAUUAAAUCCUCUGUAACAUCUUCAUUAGACUUGAAAGUUGUGCCUAUGUGUACCAAGCAAAUGAAAUCCUCCUGCCUCUUUAACAUAAGUUUAGUCUUUUAACCAGAGAAAGAGUUACAGUAGAACUAUCUGUCUUUUGCAAAAUGCUAAUCAAGUAUUCCUUGUCCCUGAAGUGAAAUAAACUGAUGCCAAAUGGAAGAAAAAA